AUGUUAAUAGUAUUAAUAUUAUUAACAUUUAACGUACAAUAUACAGAAAGUACAGAAAGUACAGGUGUAAUUGCAACUAGUAAUGAAUAUUCAUCAUUAAGAGAUUCUAUUAUGAAUAAAGGUAUUGAAUCCUUAUCAUCAGCAAUAUUUAAUUUAGGAACAGGUAUUGAUAAGAAUAUUGUAAAAUUAGUAUCAGUAUUACCUAGAUUAACAUUAUACAAUUAUGGAACAAGGAAAUUAGAUACACGUUCAGCACCUAAAGUAAUUACAAAUUUUGAUAUUUCUAAUCAAACAGCUAUAUCAAUGUUAGUUGAUUAUGCUGAAGGUAUUGGUGCAUAUGGUGCAUUAGGUUUAAUUUGUUUAGGAAUUUUACUUGUUGAAUUUUGUUGUUUUUUAGGUGCAUUGUUUUAUUCAAUUGGUUCUUGUUGUUGUUGUAAACUUGGUGAAAGAGAUCAAAAAUUUAGAUUAGAUAAUUAUGGUGCAUGGGCAAAAGAUCAUGAAAAGAGAAAGAGAAUUAUAUGUGCUUUUAGAAUUAUUUUACUUAUAUGGGUUAUUUUAAAUAUUGCUUUAUUAAUGUAUGUUAUAUUUAUUAAUUUAAUUUUAAUUAUAUAA